UCAAGCAUACUCAAAGUCUACACAAUGGCAGAGAACAGAAAACAACAACAGAGAGGCAAAACGCCCCACCACUGCCCACAUCAAAGAGAAGAAAUAAGAAGUCUGAUGAAGAAAAGCAAUGUAGCUAAAAGAGAAAGAAUUGGACGGAGCUAGAGAGAAAACUAGGAUCAAUAUCUGAGCGUCAUUUCAGAGGUGGAGGAGUGGCGGUAUUUGUAAGGACUCAAGUUCAACGCAGCGUUAGCGGCUUUUCUGCUGGACAGGUCGUCUUCAGAGAUGUCGUCAAGCGUCAGGGUAUCCGCCUCCAUGGAUGACACGGUGCCAUUUUUAGUCAGCUGGAGGACAAGAAAAGGUGAUUCCUCAGCAUGUUCCAGUGGCUCUGUUUCUGCUCCAUGGCGAACUCCCUGAGGGUGAAGCGCUUCACCCCGCUGUGACGAGGUGACAUCCCCAGGGUGCUGCCACCUUGUGUGGGCACGCUGGUGAAGCCCUGCCGCCGGUUGAAGUAGUAGACCGUCACGCUCUCGAAGUGCACAUUACGGCCCCGCAGUCGCUUUGACUUCUGCUGGAGAGUGGCUGAGAUGGAGACAGAGUCCAGCAGUCCUGAGGGGACCGGAUGGUUGAGACUAUCACUGCUGUUGCCGCUGUCGCUGCAGGAAACCUCAUCAUCAUCGGAGCCCUGCAGGGACAGGUAAGGGGACGGGCCCUCCUCAAGCUUCCUCUUCAGGAUCCCGCUCAUCGUGUGGCUCCUCCCACUGGUCGUACCUGCACAAAGGACAUGGACUUUGUCUUGGGAACCAGAGGGACCUUUUAACUCUGCACUCCUCUGCCUGCACAGCCCAGAGAACCUCCCAGACUGAGAGGAACCCCAACAACUCCAGCAUCUCCAUCUCCCGCUGUCUCUCCCCUCGCUUCCUCACCCCAUCCUGACUCACCUCGCACAAUAGACUUCCCCCUCCAAGCAGCAGCCUGAAGGGAAAAGACUGGGGGGGAUUCAGUUUCUGUGCAACAAUGGAAAUUCAAUCAGGAAAUGGAGAGGAGGUGGCGAGCGCAGUGUCGGCGACCUCGGGCUUCGUUUCCCGCAGUCCCUCUGGGUCGCAGGUAGAGGCAUCGGACGAUCCGGCUCGCAGAGACGACCUGCAGGCUGCUAAGAGGAUUGAGAGGUUUGACAUCCCACUUGAUAGCCUGAAGAGGAUGUUUGAGAAGCCUGCUGGGGCAAACACAGAAGUGACAACCGUGCGCAGCUCCCCGUCCAAAAGAGUGACAUCCAGUAGUCUCACACAGGCUGACCCAUCAACACACCUGACUAUGGCCUCACCUACGGACACCGCUCUUUCUGCAGGCAGUGCAAAUAGAUCCAGGUCAGGACCCCCCCAGGACUGGGCCCCGAGCGCCGAGGACCAGGAGACCGAGUCGGUGUCGGUGAAAGAGCGGCUGGCGAUGUAUCAGGCAGCCGUGACAAAGAAAGACACCAGCAGCUCCUCCUCUGCAGCGAUGAUGGAUGAGUCAGAGGCGUGUUCGCUGCCCGGUGGACUGGCCAGCGUGAAGAGGCAGUUCGAGAACCAGGAGUUCGCCUCUUCGUCCUCUCAGUCAACGGUCACUCAGUUUCACUUCGAGCAGAGAUCUGUCCAGGAGAUGUCCAGCUCCUCAGAGGUGACAGUGAGAAGCAGUGCCAGAGAGGUCGUCCCCACUACAGCCCUCUUUCAUAAUCAGCAGGAGGUGAUCCGUGAUGAAACAGUCCACCAUAACAAUGUGGCAGCCAGUUACGGAAACCAUUUCAAUGAAACAGUUAUGCUCGUCGGAGGAGAGGACCUACCAAAGGUAUCCACUCAGGCUUUGAAGCAGCAGUAUGAAAAAACGAUUGUGGAGGCUGCACCAGCCAAGGAAAUUAAGGUUGAUGUGGAUUUCAACCAGUUUCAAUGGACACCAGUAAACCAGUCCUCUAAAGCUUCAGCUGCGACAAGCUACAGCACCUCCUCCUCCACUCUAAAGAAGGCCACUGCCUCAUCAGUGGCGUCUGCCUCAUCAGUGGCUUAUGAGACGACAGAGCAAUUCCCUCCUCCGCCCUCAAACCUGGUGCAGGAAAUCCCAGAGUACGUCUCCUCUGAGCUUCAGGAGUCUGCGUCCCAACAUAAGCAGACUGCUCAGAGGGAGCAGUACUUUAAACACAAGAGUAUGGCUGAACUGAAGCGCCUGUACAAGCACAUUCACCCUGAGGUCCGCAAGAACCUCGAAGAGGACUUCUUGAGUCAGCUCACUGAAGCAGAACUAAAGGACUUGCAAACUGAGCAGGUGGGAGAGGUCCAGCAGGCAUGUUAUAUGUUUGAAAAUGACGGCCAAAGUAGGGGAUCGAGCCCGGACAGAGAGUCCGUGGAAUGGGAGGAAAUCCUCAGAGGUGAGGUUCAGUCCGUGCGCUGGAUGUUCGAAAACAAGCCUCUGGACACGAUCAAAGAUGAAACCCCAGAUGAGGACGAGGUGAGGAAUAUCGCUCAGCAGGAAAUCAUCGCUGGGAAGGAUGUCAGAUACACAGCUUGGAUGUUUGAGACUCAGCCAAUGGACGCUCUAGGGACAGAGAGUUCUGAUUCAGCAGAGCAGUUAGAAAAAUCAGCAGAUCUGGCGAAAGGUGACGUCCGCACUGCUACCUGGCUAUUUGAGACGCAGCCACUGGAUUACCUGAAUAAGAUCUACCAAGAAGACGAGCAGGAGACAGAAGUUGUCAUCACCAAAGACAUCGCCGGCGGAGAUGUGAAAACUGCAAGAUACCUCUUCGAGACCCAGCACCUGGAUUCUCUGGGUAAAACAGAAACCAUCGAGGAGAGCCACUUCCUGAACCUGAAGUCUGAGCUGGAAGAGAUAAAAGGAGACGUGACGACAACCACUCGCAUGUUUGAGACCCAGCCCAUGUGCGUCAUCAGGGGAGAUUCAGGUGAGAUGCUGGAGAUCACCACCAUCCGCAGGGAGGAGACUGAGAAAGGAGAUGUCAAGACAUCACGCUGGAUGUUUGAAACCCAGCCUCUGGAUCUUAUAAACAAAGACCCUGCUAAGGUAAAGCUCAUAUGUGGCAUUUCCAUGGAGGACAACACUCAAGGCGGCGUUAACAAAGGCAGGUGGCUGUUUGAGACAAAGACUCUUGACACCAUAAAGGAUGAUGAAUGGGAGAGUUCAAGGAAGCAAAGGGAAGAAAUAAUUGGUGCUGACGUGAGGAAGCACUGUCGGGUGUUCGAGACUCAGCCAAUGGACACCCUGAAAGACAACACCAACGCCAGACCUUUACCCUCAGAGGAGAUCGUAGGUGGUGAUGUUCAGACAGCAAAACAUCUGUUUGAAACAGUACCCAUGGAAAACCUGAAAGAGCUGCUGGAGGUGGGAAAACUUCAGAAAAUGGUUGCAUCUGAGGAAGAAAAGGGUGACGUGAGGCAUCAAAAGUGGGUCUUUGAAAGCCAGCCGCUGGAGAAUAUAAGGGAAGAGAAGAAGGAGUAUACAAGAACUGUGAAUGUUGAAGCUCUCGACAAAGGCGAUGUGACGAACUAUAAAGAAAGGUUUGAAAGCAUGGAUUUAAGCAAGUGUGAGGGAACACAGAAAAUUCAAGUGGAAGGCGUCACCAGUGGAUCCGUCAAAUCUAACAGAGUCCUCUUUGAAUCCACCCCGAUGUACGCGAUGCAAGACAGCUCCGGCCAUUACCACGAGGUGAAGACAGUGAGGCGUGAGGAGAUUGUGAAGGGAGACGUGCGCAGCUGCAGGUGGAUGUUUGAAACUCGUCCCAUUGAUGAGUUUGACGAAAGCAUCAAUAAGUUUCAGAUCAUCAAAGGUAUAUCCAAGCAGGAGAUCGAGUCAGGGGACGUCAAAACAGCAAAGUGGUUGUUUGAAACGCAGCAGCUUGACGCAAUUAAAUGUUUCAGUGAGGAGGAAGAGCAGAAAACUAAGGAAGAUGUUGAAAUUGAGAAGGGAGAUGUCAAGACCUGUAGGUGGCUGUUUGAGACUCAGCCAAUGGAUGUUCUGUAUGAAAAGGUGGCAAGGAGCGAGGCCGAUGUCGAGGAAGUGCAAAGAGGGGAUGUCAAAACGUGCACUUGGCUCUUUGAGACCCAGACGCUCGACAACAUUCGCGAUCAUACAGAAUCUGAGUCCGAGACCAUUCUGAAAACCUGCACGGUAAAGCAAGAGGACGUCCAAGGCAAGGAUGUGCGCCUGGCCCGCUUCCUCUUCGAAACCGAGAACCUUGAAAACAUCACAGGCGAGGACAGCGGUUCCUUCAGGAGGGUUACGGAAAUCGACGUCCAGUCAGGAGACGUAUCCAGGAUGAAGUACAUCUUCGAGAAUCGCUCCUCUGACAUCAUGAGCUCCACCUCGGAGGAGACGAUGCAGAGGUUGAAGACACAGCAGGUGGAGGACAUCCAGAAGGGAAACGUGGUCAACUGCACCUGGAAGUUCGAGAAUCAGCCGAUUGAUGCCAUCCGCGACGAAGUGAGGGAAGUGCGCACCGUGACUGAUGUGCAGGGGGGCGACGUCAACAAAGGCCGCUUCAUUUUCGAUACGUACUCUCUGGAUCAAAUUAAAGAGGAGUCCACGGAGACUGAGAUUUCUAAACUCACAAGUAUCUUUAGAGAUGAAGUCGAGAGGGGAGAUGUGAAAAAUUACACCAUGAUGUUUGAAAGUCAGCCGCUGUAUGCUAUCCGUGACAAAGAGGGCCAUUACCAUGAAGUUACUACAGUUACUAAGGAAGAAAUCAUGCGAGGAGAUGUGGUGGGAGCCCGAUGGCUGUUUGAGACGAAGCCAUUGGAUUCAAUCAGAGAUUCAGAGGAAGUUUAUGUCAUUAAAGCUGUCACUGAGGAAGGCAUCAACAAAGGAGACGUCAGCUCCGCGAGGUGGAAGUUUGAAACGCAACCUCUGGAUGAAAUUACGGAAGAAAUCAAAGUCAGGUCGAAGACAGUUGCAGACAUCCAAGGUGGCGAUGUGAAAACAAAUAAACAGAGAUUUGAGACCGAUGAGAUGUCUCAAAAGUACAUCAGAACUGUUAGUGUGAGCGAAAUCCAAAAGGGCGAUGUCAGAUCCGCCACAUGGAUGUUUGAAACGCGCACAAUUGAUGAUAUCCGCGGUGAAGGCGCUGAGUACGACGGCAUGGAGAGAGUGACAAAAGAGGAAGUAAUGAAAGGGGAUGUCAAACAGUCUGUGUGGCUGUUUGAGAAGCAGCCUCUUGACAGUAUCAAGGAGAGUGACGGCACCGAGCGUGUUGUCACAAAGGAGGAAAUCCCACAGGCUGAUGUGAAGACAACAACAUGGCUAUUUGAAACAACUCCGUUUGCUGAUUUCAAUGAGAGCAGGACGGAAAGAACAGAAAUAAUUGGAAAAAGCAUCAAAGAGACACUUGAGGAGCUUUACAGUCAGAAAAUGGUGGACUCACAAGGUAUCCUCAUUGAGGCGGAUGAGAUCGGCGACGUCCGCAUGGCAAAGUAUAAACUCAUGAGCCAGGAGGCUCCACAGAUCCAAAAAGAAGAGAUUAUCAGAGGAGAUCUGAGCAACAUAAUGAUGAACCUCCUAAACCGCAGGGAGAUCACUGAAAGGGGGAUAACUAUUGAUAAAGAGGAGCGGGGGAACAUCAACACCACUGUGAAGCAGCUGUUCAAUCAGGAAAGGGGAGACAACGUUGAGAAAGAGGAAAUUAUCCGUGGUGACAUUCAAGAGGCAAUAAACAAUCUGCUCAAGAACGAGGGCUCCUCCAAGCGUGGCAUUCUGAUCCAAGAGGAUGAGAAAGGAGACGUGAGGAUGACUAUCUACUCCCUCUUGAAUAAAGACGAGAGGGCCAGCAUGGAGAAGGAGGAUAUCGUUCAAGGUAACGUAAGCAGAACCCUUCACCGUCUUCUGUCCAACUCGGGGGACGAAGAAUCAAAAAAGAUAAAGAUCGGAGAAAUGGAGAGGGGCAACGUCAGCUUUUACUCCACGUGUAUUGAAUCGGGAGCCUUGGAUUACCUGAAGCAGCUCCAGUUCGAGCAUGAUGAAGGCGAGGAAAAGGUGGAAAAGGAGCGCAUCAUCGGUGGUGACAUCGAGGAGACUAAAAUGCUGCUGCGGAGGAAUCAGCAGCAGAUAGGUCGCACAGUAGCAGAGGACGAUAUAGUUCCUGGAGACGUCCACAGCACUGUUAAAGUCUUCAUGAUGGAGCCUAGUGUGACCUUCAGAAACCUCGAGAAAAAGGACAUUGUGAAAGGUGACCUCAGCGCGGCCCUGGAUUCACUGACGCAAGCCAUUAAUCAGAAAGUGGUGAUAGAGAAAGAGGAGGUGGUGAAGGGAGACAUACCCACGACUUUGAAGUCUCUGGUGGAGGCCCAGCAUCAAGCCAAAGAAAUGGAAAAGCCUGAAAUCGUCAGGGGAGACAUCAGAGGCGCUCUCGAGUCACUGGAGAAAUCUGCAACCACCACCACUGCAGAGGCGACUGUUGAGGACUUAGUGCCAGGUGAUAUCAAAGGGACCCUGAGGUCCCUGGAGGAGGCCAAGCAAGCUGUGAAAGAGGUCGAAAAAGAGGAGAUUGUCAAAGGAGACAUCCACACGGCCAUGCAAAGUUUACACGAGGCAUCGAGUGAGAAAAAGAUUUACCAGCAUCAAGUGAGCGAACAGGGGGAUGUUAAAGGAACCAUCCAACUUUUUCUGGAGCCAACGACUCCCCCGAGUGCGCGGCGCAGGGGGAGCGUCGAAGGAGACGUGAGAACGUCCAUAAAAUCUCUUUAUGAAGGGCAGGAGACGACGCAGAUGGAAAAAGAGGAGGUCGUGAAAGGGGAUGUUCAAGGGACGAUAAAGUGUUUAAUGGAAAGAAAACAGCAUUCAAAUCCAAAACGUAUGUAUGCCCACAAGAAAGCAAAAGUGCCUGUGAAAAAUCCAUUAAGUGUGAAGCAGGUGGAGCACGAAUGCUUACACGAAGCCAAGAGUGAGAGUGGAGCAGGAAAUCCAGCCCCCGCUGUGAAAAACCUCUCUGUGAGCGGUGAGUCACAGAGGCACAACGAAAGCAAAUCAGUGAAAACACAGGUAAUAACCCAGGAGGACCACUCCGCCACUGUAGCCAAAACAGACAAUACUACUGUGGCCACUCAACAGAGGAGCAUGAAAGAGCAGAAACCGAAAGCGCCGCCCCCACAGAAAAUACAAGCUCCUAAGCCUAUUAUGGUGAAGAAUAAACAAACUGCGAGCGAUGAUCAAACGGAGACUAAAACAGCUGACGUGAGUGUGAUGAAAGAGGUGCAAAACACAUCACAGACGAGUGUUUCAAACAAGCAAACGCGUGAGACAAAGACAAUCAAACAGGUACAGACGACAGUGACGGAGAAGACUGUCGUGCAUAAGCAGAGCGUAUCAGAGCAAACGUCUCAGAAGCAAACAGAGAACAAGGCUCUCGCACAGAGGCAGAACAUCAAAAACAUGAAGAGUGACUGCCGUAACCUUGACACAAGAGGGAAAGGUAUGAUCAAAAAGGUGAAGCCGGAAAUACACUUCCCCCCUCCACCCUCCUCGCCGCCUCCUCCCUCCGAGUCCGAGCUCUCCCUCCCUCCGCCGCCGUCCCCAGUGCUGGAGAGCCCAGCAUCAUCCCGGCCUUCGAUCAUGAGGCAGGACAGCGACCUGCCACCUCCUCCACCUCUGCCUCCCAUGGAAUGCAUGAAGUCAGAGCAGGAUUUUUUCCCCCCUCCUCCACCUCCUCCGCCUCCAGCCUCUGCGGGAGGUCAAGACUUUCUCCCGCCGCCUCCCUCACAGCAAGAGCUUAAUGCAAUGCCCCAGCCUCCCUCUGCAAAGCUGGUGAAACCCACCGGCAAGCCUUUGUUCAAAGUGCCCAAGCAGCCGGAGGCGCCACAGCAGCUCAUACAAGUUAAACCAAAAUGGCAGAAAAAGCAGCCAGCUCCUCCACCAGCUCCAGCUCCAGCUCCAGCUCCUCCACCAGCUCCAGCUCCUCCACCAGCUCCAGCUCUGGCUCCAGCUCCAGCUCCUCCACCAGCUCCAGCUCCAGCUCUGGCUCCGGCUCUGGCUCUGGCUCCAGCUCCACCUCUGCUCCCUCCUGAUCAAGAUACAAAAGUCCUUAAAGAAGAAGCUAAAGUUCAGGAAGUGAAAAAGGAAACAACCCGACAUAUUGAAACAAACACAAAGAUUCAGACUGAAUCAGCAACAAAAAUACCAAGCAUCCCGUCCAUGAAGCCAAUCCAAAAAGAAAGCCCGCAGCCUCCUAAAAAAGUAUUUAUUCCUCCGAUUAAACUGCCUCCAGCUCCCGAACCUGCACCGGCGCCAAAGCCGAGACCUUAUGCUCGCAAAUUUAAAACCCCUCUCAUGCUCGCCGAGGAAAGGUUCCGGCAACAAAGGGUGGAGAAAGAGGAGAUACAGAGGAGUAACGUCACGACUCCCACUUCCCCGCCAAUUAAUAAUUUCUCCUCCGCUGAGUUUUCUGAAACACAGAGCGCUCAGAAAGAAGUAACUGCGGAAGUGACAAAAGCAAAGACCGAGGAGGCUAAAAUCAUGUCCAAAGAAGUAUCAGCACAAGAACCACCUGCCAAGAAAGCCCCUUCACAGAUCCCUUUGAGCAAGCCCUCGAUUUCAGUGGUGAGUAAGAAAUCAGCCUCAAACGUGUCCUCUGAAAAAACACUCGCCUCAGCUGAGGUUAAAAAGAGUCAAAAUGCACCAAAGAAUCAGCCUGUUUCUGUUUCUCAGUCUCAUCGCGAGGCCUCAAAUAUGGACGUCCACUCAAGCUCGAAUGUGGCCACCUCUUCCGUCACGGAGCAGCAGCAGUUUAUUAAGAAAUCCAGCACCAAGUCUAUCGCCGCCACACAGAGUGCUGUCCAGGAAAAUGUAAAUCUUCAAAGCCAGGCGGCGGUCACAUUGAGAGCCGAGGAUGUAAAGAAUAUUAAUGCGCCUCUGACACAGGAGGGAAAGAUGAGUCCCUUUCAACCAACUAAAAUUCCAAAGGUAGCACCAACCUUCAAGGUGAAAACCUUUAAGAUGCCAGCGGAGAAGAAAGAGGAUAAAUGUGAGAGUGUCGGGCAAAAGGAGUCGACGAAAAGUGAAACGCUUUCGCAGCAAGAGAAAUGUGACGUGUCGCAGAAAUGCGAAACAAAAGUCAAUCAGGAGAGCAGCCAGCUGUCGUCAGCGAGGACUGAGGUGAGGACAGAAAUGAAAGUAAAAGAGAAGAAAAGCCAGAUGACCUUACCUAUAAAGGAGGCUGAAAUGGAGGUUCACAUGAAAAAGGGAAAGCAGGUGCACAAGAACGUCACUGAAGUGAGCGUGUCAUCGUCCGUUACUGCUUCAAUGCCGAAGACGGCUAAAAUAACAUCUGCAGGGAGUCAUCAAGGACAAGGCCAGGCAUCUGUCUCUCACAGCAAGCACAGCAUGAAGACGGAGCACAUUCAAAGGCACGAGGAGGUGGUGGUGACGGAGAGUGUGCAGCAGAGCCUUCACAGGCAAGAGGCCGUUCAGAUGCAAACGACGCCGCGAGCCGCAGAAACAAACAAAGCGCCGAUAAAGGCAGCAAAGCACAAAGGUGAGCCCAGGGAUGUGUCUGUGAGAGGGACGGGGAAAGCGGCGCGUAAAGAUGCCGCUGAUUCAGAAGAAAUCACAGACUUAGAGAAAUGUAAUGUCAUGCAGAAGCUGCUCGCACAGAUAAAAGAGCUCGAGGGCUCACAGAGCAAAAUAGACUCCAACGCUGUCAGGACGAUUAUAAGUGAAUUCCCUGACUGGGCGAUGGGCUCGGAUGAGAAGAGGAAUUUAAGUGAGAUCGCGAAACAGCAAAGUAAGAAGAAGUUGAAAGAGAUGGUGGUCUAUGUGAGAAAUAUUGUUCAGGCAAAGCUCACUUUUUUCGGGGAUAACUUGACAGCCGCGGUCAAGCAGGAAAAAGAGAAACAGGAACCUCCUGCGCCACCGCCGGUGCCUCCGAAACCAGAGGCGAAAGUUUCAAGUGGAGCAACGGCGAUGAUAUCAAAGAUUAGCAUCGGAUCAUCCAAGACUGAAAAGAAGGUGGUGGAGGAGAAAACGUCGCUUCACGGGAGCAAAAUCUAUCAGGAGCGGAGCGAGGCGGCGGAUCAGAGGAGAGUGUCGUCCCCGCUGGCGAGCAUCCGCACGCCAUCACCUACUUUCAUCAGCAUCGAGUCCAGAAGGGUGGACUCGCCGCUCAGACCGACUCCCUCUCCUCCGCCCUACAAAUCAGUCGGGACUCCUCCGCCUCCCCCUCGCAAGUCAUACACGCCCACAUCUGCCGUCAGCAGGGCCACGCCGUCUCCCACCAUGAGCCGCUCGGAGAAGCUGAUGAAACUGAGGGACACCACCUCCAAGCUUUCUCGCGGCAUCACCCCACCGCCUCCCGUGCCGGUGCCGGAGUUCUUUGUAGCUGAAAGGGAACAAUCAUCCCCGUUUGGCUACAGGGAUACUCACAUAGAGAGGAGUGAGCAAGGACUGAUGGAGGUGGCAGAAAUGGGGGACUCCAUGAUGACUGUGAGGGACAAAAAGUCGUUCUUUGAGGAGGCGCAAAAGGCCGAGGUGACCAAGGUGUACAUUCGGAAGGAUCCGAUCGAUAUCCCCGAACGUUUGGGACCUGACGCUGAGGAUGGCGCCGAGAGUGUGUCUAUCGACCUCCUGAAGGAGGAUCUCCCAAGAGUUGAUCUGUCCAAGCUGGUUAACAGAUUUGAAUCUCCAAAACCAAAAGUCUACGCCAGAAAAGAUCCCAUUGUGAUCUCCGAGAGGCUUGGGAGUGAUGCCGAGGACGCAGAGGCUGACCCACACACCCCAAAAACUGAAGAAAUCCCGACGUUCAACGUGAAGGCGAUAAAGGAUGUGUUCGAGACGGGGGAGCACAGCUCUCAGGCAGCCCGAGAGCUCAGAGAGCAAAUAGAGCGGAGGGAACCUGAAUCGACUUAUCCCGAGCCCGUCGGUCACUCUGAAAUGACAGCAGUCACUGAGCAAUUCUGCAGCGUCGACGACUUCGGAAACAUGACAAGGGAGACGAGGAGUGAGAUGCAUUCUGGGAGCACGGUGACCCGCGGCAGCCCUCCGUCCUACGCUGACGUGGUGCGAGGCAGCGUUCCGACUGUCGCCGUGCCCCCCGAGGCCUCCACCGAGGAGCUGCUGAGAAACUUCCAGCAGUCGUGGGCCGAGAGCCAAGGAGUCUUCCAGAACCUGGGCUUCAGUGUCACAGAGCAGAGGACGUCGCAGAUUGUAACGCGCCAGCAGGAGACUGUCGUGACGGAAAAUUCGAGUUCCAGAGUCCGAACUGUGCCGGGUGUGUCGGAAGCGGGUGUAUCCCAUGGAGUCGCUGAUUGCAGACAAACAAAACUUCCAUAAAAGCUGCUUUCGCUGUGAACACUGCAAAGGCAAAUUAAGCCUUGGCAACUAUGCCUCUCUCCAUGGACGAAUGUACUGCACGCCACACUACAAGCAACUGUUCAAGUCCAAAGGAAAUUAUGAUGAAGGAUUCGGACAGAAACCGCACAAAGAACUCUGGAAUAAUAAGACCCCGGCUGAA